CUCUAAAUUAUCUCGCAGGGUGGGGAGGACCUGGCUCCUGCUGCAUUUUGGCGAAAAAUCCUUCUCAAUGCUCCCCAGUUCACCCCAUGCCCCUGCCGGGCCCUGCAAGACCCAUGAAGGGACCCUGGAGCCUUUACCCACCGGGCAAAGGGGGUGCUGGAAAUAGUGGGCAUGCCAGUGGCAGCCGGGUGCUCGAGGCCACACACCUGAGGGCUGCCUGCAUGGAGAACGCCAUGGUGCCGCCGGCAGUCGACGUGGACAAGGGCUUUGCCAUGGCCUUUGUGGUGCUCAUGUGCCUCUUCCUCCUGGCCAUGAUGGUGCGGUGCGCCAAGCUCAUCGUGGAUCCUUACAGCGCCAUCCCUACCUCCACCUGGGAAGAGGAGCAGAUCAACUGAGGACCCUCCACACCCCCAGGGACCACAGCUCCCCUGCAUACCCCACAGCCCUCCCUCACCACAGGGUGCUCCAGGGCUGCGCAGGGACCUCCAACAACCCCCGGUCCCCCAGCACCCCCAGCACCGCAGGGCCCCCAGCUCCCCCAGAACCACCUAGCACCCCAGGUCCCUCCAGCACUGUGGAGGACCCAGGACGCCUAGAGCUCCCCAUCACCCCCCAAAGCCCCCCAGGACCCUCAGAGCUCUCCAUCACCCCCAGCACCUCAGCCCCGUCCCCCCCCCGGGACCCUCAGAGCUCCCUAUUUGCCCCCCAGCACCCCAGGGCUCCCCCCCAGGACCCUCAGAGCUCUCCAUCACCCCACAGGACCCACAGAGCUCCCCAUUGCCCCCCAGGGCUCCCCCCAGCACCUUCAGAGCUCUCCAGCACCCCAGGCCCCCCCCCCAGAACCCUCAGAGCUCUCCAUUGCGGCCCAGGGCCCCCCUCAGCACCCUCAGAGCUCUCCAUCACCCCCAUCACCCCCGGGCCCCUCCAGCACCCUCAGAGCUCUCCAUUGCCCCCAGCACCUCA